UCACCAUCACCACCCUCAUCAUCAUCCUCAUCACCAUCACCACCAUCACCACCAUCCUCAUCACCAUCACCACCCUCAUCACCACCAUUAUCACCAUCACCAUCCUCAUCACCACCACCAUCUUCAUCACCUCUCCCAGCUCCAACACAACCACCACCAUCACUCUCAUCACCCUCAGCACAACCACCAUCCUCCUCCUCACCCUCC